CAUGGCGAGCUUAGAUGGCCAAAAAAAAAAAUUAUCCAAAGCUAUGCCUCUCUUUCUCCACCGACUCCCCUGGCCUCCCGCCGCUCCGCUCGUCCUCGCCGGCGCCUGUAACCCACCUCCGAAAACUUCCACGGCCCUCCACCGCUCCUGGUCCUCCUCCUCCUCCGCCUUCCCGAGGCCUCUCCAUCCCUGCGGCGCCGAGAGAGUGGAGGGAUCCUCGUCUUUCGAUCCGGCCACGUUUGAGGCCGACCGAGUCCGCCUCGACGCUGAGGCCCGCGCGGCCAUGGCGUCCACCGCAAGCUUGGCAGAGGAGGGAGGCGGAGAUCCCAAGACGUGGAAGUGGAGGAUCCGGAAGCGGAUCUGGGAUCUCAUGGAAGCCGAGGAUAUCGCCCGGAAUCCUCGCCCCGUCCACCACCGCAUCCCCAAUUUCGCCGGCGCUGCUACCGCCGCCGACUCAUUAGGGAAAUUAGAAGUUUUUCAAAAGGCUCAAUGUGUGAAGGUCAACCCUGAUUCCCCACAGAAGCAAGUCAGGUUCUUAACUCUUACAGGUGGGAAAAAGUUGUUGACUCCUCAACCACGUCUGAGAACUGGUUUCUUUUCAGUAUUAGAAUCUCAGAUGUUAUCUUCUGAUUCCAUAAUGGAGGCAUGCACUUCUGUUGGGGCUGCUAAAUAUGGCAGACCUAUCAGUCUGGAUGAUAAAAUUAAUGUGGAUUUGAUAGUUAUUGGAUCAGUUGCUGUUGAUCCAAGAACAGGAGCGCGACUCGGGAAGGGAGAGGGUUUUGCAGAACUUGAGUAUGGUAUGCUGCGACAUAUGGGGGCUAUAGAUGACACGACUAUGGUUGUAACAUCAGGUGGGGUAUUUGGAUGUCUAGUUGCCAUAGCCGUAUACAUGAUUCUACACAUGGGUGGGUAAUAAAGGCUUAAGGAGUGAAGAAGAGAGAAGUAGUAGGGGAUGGGCAGGCCUUUGCUCCCACAAUGCCAAAAUUUUGCGGGAUAUUGCUUAUUGCUGUGCAUAAAACAUAGCUGGGUGGUCCAACUCCAGCUCAAAAACUCUGCUGGCAAUGCCUCCAAGAUACCUGUUCCCUUGUUUCUCCCAGCUACGCAAAGAAUCGGAUAUUACAGCCAAGCACCCAUGCAUCUCUGAACUGCACAUUUGUUCAUGGUUUUUCUUCCAUGAAAUGUCAUAUGCCUUGACCACAAAAGCAGUUGUAAGAACAGCCAGCAUCAUGUUUCUUGUUUAGCACAAGAACUCACUAAUUAGGUAUGCUAGUGUCUUAAGUCAACCUUAUUUGUGUUGUCUAAUUAUCAUGUCCAUGG